UCAGACUUUGUAUCAAACCUGCUGUUGAAGAGUACAUCAGUAGAUCUCUGGGAAUAGACAUUGUAGAUGAGAUUUUGACAAGUUGCCAUUCAGUAGAGUACAGUUCACGCUCCUUUUUCCAGUACAACAUUCAGGAAGAGUUGCUGCAAAAGGAGAGUUUGAGAGUUUUGUCAAGUACAUUUGUACGUAUGAGAAAUAUGUUAAAGAUUGGAUAUUUCAACACAUUCUGCGAAACAUGUCAAUAGACAAAACGUCGUGCAAACUGAAGAGUAAGAAUCUGCAGGUCAUAGUUAACAAAAUAACAGAAGCAACAGAACGAGCCUCAAAAGGAGAGGAUGGUGUUCAGCUUCCAGAUAACCAGGAAAGCAUCACAAAGCUCAUCAACAACAUGCGCACAUAUUUGAUCAAAGACAUCUCAAUUUCAGAGGAGGCUGAAAAAAGCACCUUGUUUCAAAUCCAAAGCACAUGUCAUCCAUUUACAGAGAGCCUCAGUAAAUCAUUGGGUGAAUUAAAGGAACAGCUGCAGGAGGAAUUCUCAAACUCUGAAGACAUCACUGAGACUCUGAACAAACUUCCAAUCAAACCACAAGAUGAGCUUUUCAAGCGGGUGUUUGGCUGUGGACAACAAUGUCCAUUUUGUAAAGUUCCUUGUGAGGCUGGAGGCAAAGAACACGAGAAACAUCAUGCAGCUGUUCAUCGGCCACAAGGUCUUGGUAGAUACAGGGAUGUGGCCACUAAGAAGCUGGUUGAAACACUGUGUACAACAGAUGUGCACAGUAAAUGUAAAUUCAGAAACACAGAAACCAAAUAUGAGUGGCAUCCUUAUAAGGACUACAUGGACUACUAUCCAGACUGGCUCAUUCCUCCUGACUCCACCAUCGAGGCGUCAGACUACUGGAAGUAUGUCCUGGUUCAAUACAAUGAAAGAUUUGCUCAAGAAUAUGAAGCCAAACCAGCUGAUGUUCCAGAGGCCUGGAGGAGAAUCACAAAGGAACAAGCACUGAAGGGAUUAAAAGACGCCUUCAUUAUAAACAACAUACAACAUACCAUCCUGAAUAUCUUUAAAACUAAACAACAUUGAAACAUGGAAGAUUUUUUCAUAUACAAAUGUACAGAGAAGACCAAAAGGAAACAGGAACUGAAGACGUUCUCAUGACGCAUUCAGCAGAACAAUCAGUCAAGACAG